GCAAGGGUAAAGGCAAAGGGAAGGGUAAGGGCAAAGGGAAGGGUCGAGACGUAGCACCAGAUAAGGGUCACGGCAAGGGAUGGAGCCACGGAGCGAAACGCUCCUGGCACACGGAGGAGCACAUGGAGAGCUUCAAGGCUCGUAAGACAGCGGAG